GAUCGAGGAUUCAAUGGUUACCACACAAGAAAAAAAACACUAACUAACCAACCAACUGAUUAACGUUGUGUUGGUAACUGUGUUCACUCACCUUGCAACAAUGGCACUCUCAGUUUGCAGCAUGAACAUUAACCCCAUAGCAUUAGCAGCGCCAUCUUUCUCAUUCAAGUCUCUCAAAUUCCCUUCCUUCUGGCCAACACAAAAGGUGAAGAUGGGUCCUCUGAGUGUGUCUCCCAUGGGAUUUGGAACAUGGGCAUGGGGGAAUCAGCUUCUGUGGGGGUACCAGGAAUCCAUGGAUAAUGAGCUCCAACAAAUCUUCAACUUGGCUAUGGACAACGGCAUCAAUCUCUUUGACACUGCUGAUUCUUAUGGCACGGGAAGGUUAAAUGGUCAGAGCGAGAAGCUUCUGGGGAGGUUCAUUCGAGAAUUUCAAGAGCAAAAGGGGAGCCAACGUGAAAUAGUCAUUGCUACUAAGUUUGCAGCAUACCCAUGGCGCCUUACACCAGGGCAGUUUGUGAGUGCUUGCAGGGCAUCACUAGAUAGAAUGCAAAUUGAGCAAAUUGGGAUAGGACAACUUCAUUGGUCAACUGCAAAUUAUGCUCCUUUGCAGGAAUUUGCUCUUUGGGAUGGUUUAGUGGCAAUGUAUGAGAAGGAUUUAGUUAAAGCAGUUGGAGUAAGUAAUUACGGACCAAAGCAGCUUUUAAAGAUACAUGAUUAUCUGAAAGACCGUGGAGUCCCCUUGUGUUCAGCCCAGGUGCAAUUUUCCCUGUUGAGCACGGGGAAGGAUCAACUAGAGAUCAAGAGUAUAUGUGACAGUCUGGGUAUUCGUAUGAUUGCUUAUAGUCCUCUGGGACUUGGAAUGCUUACUGGGAAAUAUUCAUCAUCCAAACUUCCAAGUGGGCCAAGGGCGUUGCUGUUUAAGCAAAUUCUUCCGGGACUGGAUCCUUUGUUGAGUUCGCUGAGAGAGAUUGCAAAUAAACGACGGAAAACCAUGUCACAAGUUGCUAUAAAUUGGUGCAUAUGCAAAGGUACGGUUCCAAUUCCUGGAGUUAAAACAAUUAAACAAGCAGAGGAAAAUUUAGGUGCUCUUGGUUGGCGCCUCUCCUCAGACGAGUUGCUUCAGUUGGAGGAUGCAGCAAACGAAUCACCUCGCAGGAUGAUCCAAAACAUUUUCCAAACCAGAUAAAACCUGUGGCGAGACCUCAGCACUCGGUUCGAAGGAAUGCAUACUUUUCACUCAAUGAUGGUCACUGGUUUGUAUCAUCUGGUAUCAUGAAAGGCAGAGAGCAAACAACCUUGACCAGGAGAAUUGACAACGUACCACUCUAUAGUGGCACAUGGGCUUAAAACUAAUGCGAAGAGUCCGUGACAGUGAUGGUGCAACGUAGUUUUGGAUAAUCUCGUUGUCGGAUAAUAUUGCUUUAUUGUUAAAAAUUAUACUGACGGGUAGAAAUGUACAAUGAAAUGAUUCUAUACUGACCAAAAGCCACGCUUACAUUCACAAAAAUUAAAAAAAAAAAAUUCAGUUGCUUUCA